GUUAUUUCGUAAACAUAGGUCAUGGAAUAGUUAAUAACUAACUUUAAGUACAAACGCACGAAUUGUGUAAUCUUUGUGGCAUUUAAAAUCAUAAUAUUAAAAAGAAAAAUAUCAUUUAUAAAGUGUUCCAAUUUUUUAAUAUUAUAUGAAAGUGUUUUGCAAUUAAUUUUAUAUUUUGCCAUUUCUUUAAAAAAGUUGUUUAUUAAAAUUUUUAACUAUUACCAUGAAGGCAAAAUCGGGGUUAACAAGAUUUUCUAAUUGUUAUAUUUUGCGUGACGGAAACAUUAUAAAAGAAGAUUUAUGGAUACGCAAUGGAAAAAUUGUAAACCCUGAACAGGUAUUUUAUGUAGAACAAGAAGAAGCUGACAUAACGGUAAACAGCGAAGACUCUCUCAUAGUGCCAGGAUUCAUAGACAUUCAAAUAAAUGGUGGAUGGGGUGUAGAUUUUUCCUACGAUUCAGAAAAUGUUGAAGAAGGGGUAAAGAAAGUAUCAAAACAGCUAUUGGCUCAUGGAGUGACCUCAUUCUGUCCAACUAUGGUUACAUCUGAGAAAGAUAAAUAUUAUAAGAUUUUACCCAAAAUACAAAAAAGGCAAGGAGGAGAACAUGGAGCUACGGUUCUUGGAGUGCAUCUUGAAGGGCCAUUUAUUAGUUUAGCAAAAAAGGGUGCACACAAAGAUGAAUAUAUUUUAAAUCCUGAAAAGGGGCUCGAAUCAAUUAAAGAAGUGUAUGGAUCUUUAGACAAUGUAAUUUUAGUUACAAUAGCCCCAGAAUUGCCUGGGGCUUUGGAUGCUAUAAGAGGGUUAUCAAACAUGGGCAUCAAAGUGGCCCUAGGCCAUUCAUCUGCUAGCCUUGCUCAAGGUGAAGAAGGCAUUAAAAAGGGAGCAAACUUAAUAACACACUUAUUCAAUGCUAUGCUUCCAUUUCAUCAUCGGGACCCUGGUUUGGUGGGCUUACUUGCUUCCAAGACUGAUAGGCAAGUUUAUUAUGGGAUAAUAUCAGAUGGCAUUCACACUCAUCCUGCAGCUUUGAGAAUUGCUUGUCGAACGAAUCAAGAAGGUUUGAUAUUAGUGAGUGAUGCCGUAGCCGCGCAAGGCCUACCAGAUGGUGCAUACCGCAUCGGACCUCAAGCUGUAAAUGUCAAUGAAGGCCGCGCAUAUGUCGCUGGGACCAAAACUCUCUGUGGCAGUACUACUGCCCUGGACCAGUCAAUUAAAACAUUCAAAGAAGCCACAGAAUGUUCACUGGAAUAUGCUAUAGAAGCAGCAACUCUGCAUCCAGCCAAGGCUUUGGGAAUAGAUGAUAGGAAGGGCAAAUUAAAUUUUGGCUUCGACGCAGAUUUCGUCAUCUUACAUCCCAAAUCUCUGAAUGUUUUGUCCACUUGGAUUGCUGGCGAAUGCGUCUAUCGAUCUUCUUAGUGUAAACUAAUUUAUGGUUACCAUUAUAAGUGACAUGCAUAUAUUUUAUUGUGAUAAAUUUAAACAUUUUAUUUUCAUAAUUUUAUAAUGCACAAAGUGCUUUAUUAUAUUUUUUUAUACUUCAAAAAUUAAAAUACUUUAUUACAA